CGAUCCCGGAAGUGAGCAGAGUGGAACAUAUAGAGAACUCUUCAAAACAACCAAAGUACAUUUCAAAAUGGGCACCACGGCCAGUCAACUUGGGAAGGAUUUGCUCUCAGAAUAUCAAGAGCUGACUUUCUUGACAAAACAAGAAAUUCUUCUUGCUCACAAGAGAUUCACUGAACUGCUCACUAAAGAUGAGAAAGACCAGCUCAAUGCAAGAGUUCCAAUGGAGCGGAUUCUCACUCUGCCGGAGCUCAAGUCCAACCCCUUCAGGAGGAGAAUCUGCUAUGUAUUCUCAACAUCUGAUUGCAAAAAUGGAAGCCUCACUUUUGAGGACUUUCUGGAUCUCUUGAGUGCCUUCAGCGACUCUGCUACCAUGGAAAUCAAAUCCCACUAUGCAUUCCGUAUAUUUGACUUUGAUGAUGAUGGAACUCUUGACUAUGGUGAUUUGGAGAACUUGGUCAACUGUCUGACUGGUGAGACGGACGAGACAAGACUGACCCCAGAGGAAAUGAGACAGCUCAUCAGCAAUAUUCUUGAAGAGUCCGACAUUGACAAGGAUGGAACCGUAAACCUCUCAGAGUUUCAGCACGUCAUUUCAAGGUCUCCAGAUUUUGUCAGUUCUUUUAAGAUUGUGCUGUGAAAACGUCCAUUGGCCUUUGGAAAGACCUCUACUUUUAACCCUUGUGGUAUUUAAUUUUCAAUUACAACAGUUUUAGGGAUUUCCCUACAAGUAUAGUUAUCUGGAGAUUUUAUUGCCUUAACUGUUUGAUGCAUUCUUUGUGAAAUAUAUAACCUGUGAUUUAUUCAUUUUUUUCUAGAGAGAAACAUUUUAAUACCUCCAAAGUGCUCAUUUAUGCAGUUGAUUGUUUUAAGAUAAACAAAAAGGAGCUUGUAUAUCACUAAAUAAAUAAAAACUCAAUUCAGUCUUUUGCUGUUACUA